UUCUUCUCCUUUCUUCUUCUUCCUCCGUGGUCUGCUCCCCCUAUCCGACCAGACUAGGCAGAACCGCCAUGGCCUCCGCCUCGUUUCACGCCCUCCUCCUCCUCCACUUGCCAAACCCGAUCCACUCGCGCCACCUCCUCUCUCCCCGCGCACGCCGUCGCCACCACCGCCUCCGCCUCGCGCGCUCCUCCUCGACGCCGGUGGCGUUUGAAACGGAGGAGGCGGAGGCGCCACGGUGGUCCUCUGCGCAGGCGCGGUUGGACGAGGAGGAGGAGGAGGAGGAGCAGGAGUGGGCGGGCGGCAACGGCGCGGCGGCGGCGCACGGCGAGGAGGAGGAGGAGGAUGGCGGGGAGAGCGUUGAGGGGGAUUCGAGCGGGUGGACGCAGCGGAGUCCGCGGCCGCGGGAGCUGUUCGUGUGCAACCUGCCGCGGCGCUGCGGCGUCGACGACCUGCUCCACCUCUUCCAGCCCUACGGCACCGUCCUCUCGGUCGAGGUUUCACGCGACCCUGAGACCGGAAUUAGUCGAGGAUGCGGUUUUGUUACGAUGCGUUCUCUCGCCGCAGCCAGAACAGCCAUGAAUGCUCUGGAUGGAUUUGACUUGGAUGGGCGUGAGAUGUUUGUGAAACUAGCGUCACACGUCGUUUCUAAUAGGAGAAAUCCCAGCCUGUCCCAUACGGCCCCCAUGAAGGAUCAUAUCUUUGAAAGUCCAUACAAGAUCUACGUUGGCAACCUUGCAUGGUCUGUUCAACCUCAGCACUUGAGAGAACUCUUUACUCAGUGUGGAAACAUUGUUAGUACAAGGCUGCUCACAGAUCGCAAAGGAGCGCGAAACCGCGUCUAUGGAUUCCUUUCGUUUUCUUCGCCCGAAGAGCUUGACGCUGCAUUAAAGCUUAACAAUACGAAUUUUCAUGGACGGGACAUCAUUGUCAGGGAGGCUCAUGUAAAAUCACCGCAUACGUUAAGCUAAGCCCUUUCAUGGUCGGGAUACAUGAAAACUCUAGCCUAUCGAGUUCCUUCUUCAGGCACAGGCGGCACAACUAACAUCUUUUGUGUGUACCGAGUAAUUGAGUGUGAUGUACCAAUUUUGUCAAACAACAUCGUCGACAUGGAUCACCAGACUGAGUUGAACCAUGUACUGGUAGUCUCAAAGCUUGUGUAGAACAGAAUUUCUGAGAUGAGACGCAAUGGCGAUUUAUUUAGUCAGAAGCUAACUUCUUCAGUUCUUGGCCUCACAAGGACGAUGAUUAAUUGAAGCCAUACCAACUUAGUUGCA